AUGAUCUUGAUUGGUUCCUCAAAUGAGGCCAAGGGUUCAUACCCUUGUGUGGUGUGUAUUUAUUAUGUAUACGGUUGCUUGCAGGAGGAAAUGAGGAGGAUUCAUCUAGAGGCAGUUGAACAAGGAAAUCCAAUGUCAGGAGCUGAAAUUGUUCGCAGGGUGCUGCAGAAAGCACCGAGCUAUGUUAGAAAGGAAGACCUCAUUUCCGAAAGAGACAAGGAACUGGAAGCUCAUUUGGAGACCUCUCUUGCUGAUGCAGAUAAACAGAGGCAGGAAUUCGAAGAUAAAAUCAAAUCUCAGCAAGACCAGAUCGAAAAACAGGAACAAGAGAUCCGAGGUCAUAAGGUGACUAUCGAUGCCUUGCAAGCAUCACAUGAUAGUCUCAAGGAGUAUGUGAAGUCACUUGCUGCGAAAAUCAAUGGAGGCAGCAUUUAG